GCGGCCCUUCCUUUCCGAUCCGCCAUCUGCGGUGAGUGUGUGCUCCGUGGCCCGGCUCUGGCUGGUGGCGUUCCGGGUCGCUCUCACCGCCCCGGUCGGGUCUCAUCCGUCUCUUUGCGAAUGCAGGUGGAGCCUCCGCCAAGAUGCAGAUCUUUGUGAAGACCCUGACGGGGAAGACCAUCACGCUCGAGGUUGAACCCUCGGACACUAUAGAAAAUGUAAAGGCCAAGAUCCAGGAUAAGGAAGGAAUUCCUCCUGAUCAGCAGAGACUGAUCUUUGCUGGAAAGCAGCUGGAAGAUGGCCGUACUUUGUCUGACUACAACAUUCAAAAGGAGUCUACCCUUCAUCUUGUGUUGAGACUCCGUGGUGGUGCUAAGAAAAGGAAGAAGAAGUCUUACACCACUCCCAAGAAGAAUAAGCAUAAGAGGAAGAAGGUUAAGUUGGCUGUUCUGAAAUACUAUAAGGUGGAUGAAAAUGGCAAAAUCAGUCGGCUUCGCCGAGAGUGUCCUUCUGAUGAAUGUGGUGCUGGAGUUUUCAUGGCUAGCCACUUUGACAGACAUUACUGUGGCAAGUGUUGUCUGACUUACUGCUUCAACAAACCAGAAGAUAAGUAGUUGUGUAUGAGUUAAUAAAAGGAAGGAACUGA